GUCAUAUUGUAAAAAGAAGGAAAACUGAUUUGAUUUGCGGCUGAUAGGAGGCAUAAACUUGUUCGUUUAAACAAGUUGUUUAAAUGUUAGUUAACGCAUAAAAUGUCUAUCCCCGUGGAAACUAAAACACGGCAACGGAAAUAUCCGUUUGUUGACAUGAAAAUCGCGGAUCAUACAGUGUUAAACUCAAUCGAAGGUCGUUUCAUUUGCACCGAAUGCAAUCGUUCACGCAAAUUCUUUUGUUAUAAUUGCUAUAUACCAGUUGGAAAUUUGGGUGCACUCCUACCCAAGGUAGAUAUACCAGUUAAUAUUGAUAUAAUAAAGCAUAAGAAAGAAAUUGAUGGCAAGAGUACGGCAGUCCAUGCAGCAGUGUUGUCCGACCGUGUACGUAUUUUUACAUAUCCAGAUAUACCAGACUACACAAAAGAUGAUGACGUUGUGCUCAUAUUUCCUGGUGUGACAAGUGUUACAGUGGCACAAUUAUUUAAUAAGAAUGUACGCCUAAAUACUGAAAAUAAUUAUGGUAUGCCAAAAGGUCAUAAUAUUGGUACAAUGUUACGUCGUCGCUUGGAAGAAAUCGUAGAGGAAAACCAGCAAGAAAAUGGUGAAAAAAAGUACACCUUUACGACGUUACCUAUCAAGCGUGCAGUAUUCAUUGACAGUACAUGGAAUCAAAGUCGUAGCAUAUACAAAGAUAAACGUGUACGAAGUCUAAAGCCAGUGAUUCUACAAAACCGUUUUUCACAAUUCUGGCGACAUCAACGAGGCAGUCCACGUUGGUAUUUAGCAACAAUUGAAGCUAUUCAUCAAUUUUUGGUUGAAGUACAUGUUAAUGCUUGGGGCUUAAAUCCUUCCUAUGAGGGUUUAAAUAAUCUAGAAAUAGCACAGGCGUUUUAUGAGACGGUAACUAUGGUUGCAUCCUCGCAUUCGGAAGACAUGGCGCGUGAAGAUCCUUAUAAUGGACAAUAUGACAAUUUAUUAUUUUUCUUUGCCAAUAUGUACGAUUUAAUACACAAAUAUUAUGAUCACAAUGAAUUGAAGUCAUAUCGUAGACCGAUAUAAUUUAAUAAAAUUUAUUUAUUUAUUUAGAGAA